CAGAAGUCAGAAACCACUAAAUGGUCGUCAAUCCUAGCCCAUUCGGGCUUGGAGUUUGGACUAUUCUUGGCCAUCCGGAGCAAGCAAAAGAUCUGAAACAGGUAAGAAGACAGACUAGCAACGGAGUGGAUCGCAAGCCAAACAAGACCACCGAACGAGAGGAGAAGAACGCCGCGACGAGAGUGAGAGGGAGAAGAGGAGGUUUCUUGUCGGACUUGCGACGGUUGGGUUUAGAUCUUUGGGAGUUCGGAUCGGCGGUGUGCGAUGAAAUACUUGGUGGAGGUUGAGAAAGGGAGAGAAGGCGAUGGUGCUGGGCCCUCCGUCGGCCCUGCCUACCGUAACGUCUUGGCCAAGGACGGCUUCCCGUCGCCGGCCCCGGGCUUGGAGACCUGUUGGGAUGUCUUCCGGAUGUCUGUGGAGCGAAACCCCGACAACCGAAUGCUGGGCCGCCGUGAAAUUGUAGAUGGGAAGGCUGGUGAAUAUGUUUGGUUGACUUACAAAGAAGCAUAUGACAUAGUAAUAGAAUUAGGUGCAUCCAUCCGUAGUCGUGGAGUUGGACAGGGUGGUAGAUGCGGCAUUUAUGGUGUGAACUGUCCUGAAUGGAUCAUGACUAUGGAGGCUUGCAAUGCCCAUGGGAUUUACUGUGUUCCCUUGUAUGAUACUCUUGGUGCUGGAGCAAUAGAAUUUAUUAUAUGCCAUGCAGAGAUUGAAAUUGUUUUUGUGGAAGAAAAGAAAAUCAUGGAGGUGUUGAAGACCUUUCCUAAUACGGUCAAGUACCUGAGAACACUUGUAAGUUUUGGGAAAGUCACCACAGAACAAAAAGAAGAAGUUGAAAAGUUUGGUUUGACCAUAUAUUCUUGGAAUGACUUUUUACUCUUGGGCAAUAAUGAACAAUUUGAUCUCCCAGUAAACAAGAAAAGUGAUAUUUGUACUAUAAUGUACACUAGUGGAACAACUGGCGAUCCUAAGGGUGUAAUGGUAUCUAAUGACAGCAUCGUCACAUUUAUUGCUGGCGCAAAUUGUUUGCUUGGCAAUGCAAAGGCAGAGUUACAUGACAAUGACGUUUACCUUUCAUAUCUCCCUUUGGCACAUAUGUUUGAUAGAGUGAUUGAAGAGCUUUUUAUUCUUCAUGGGGCUUCAAUUGGAUUUUGGAGUGGGGAUAUCAAAUUGUUAGUUGAGGACUUGGGGGCACUGAAACCUACUAUCUUCUGUGCUGUUCCACGUGUACUUGAUCGAAUAUAUUCAGGUUUGCAAAAUAAAAUAUCUUCUGGUGGUUUCCUAAAGAAAAUUUUGUUUAAUUUUGCCUACAAAAGUAAACUGAGCAAUAUGAGUAAGGGACAGAAGCAUGAGGAGGCAGCUCCAAUAUUUGAUAAAAUAGUCUUCAGUAAGGUAAAACAAGGAUUAGGUGGAAAUGUGCGCAUUAUUCUAUCAGGAGCAGCACCUCUAGCUACCCACGUCGAAACCUUCCUGCGGGUGGUCUCCUGUGCUCAUGUUAUACAAGGCUAUGGUCUGACUGAAACUUGUGCUGGCACAUUUGUGUCAGUACCAAAUGAGUUCUCAAUGCUUGGAACUGUGGGCCCUCCUGUACCUAAUGUGGAUGUGCGCCUUGAGUCUGUUCCUGAGAUGGGUUAUGAUGCACUUUCAACCACACCUCGUGGAGAAGUCUGCAUCAGGGGAAGUACUUUGUUCUCCGGUUACUACAAGAGAGAAGACCUAACGAAAGAAGUUAUGAUUGACGGGUGGUUUCACACAGGAGAUAUUGGUGAAUGGCAACCGGAUGGAAGCUUAAAAAUUAUUGAUAGGAAGAAAAACAUUUUUAAGCUAUCACAAGGAGAGUAUGUUGCAGUAGAGAAUCUUGAGAGCAUUUAUGGUCUUGUUCCAACAAUUGACUCAAUAUGGAUUUAUGGGAAUAGCUUUGAGUCUUUCCUUGUCGCUGUGGUGAAUCCCAAUCAGCAAGCUCUUGAGCGAUGGGCUGAAGAGAAAGGGGUAACCGGAGAUUUUGCUGCUUUAUGUGAGAAUUCAAAAGCCAAAGAAUAUAUACUUGAGGAGAUAACUAAAGUUGCCAAAUCAAAGAAGCUGAAAGGCUUUGAGAUCAUUAGAGCUCUUCAUCUUGAACCCAUACCAUUUGACAUGGAUCGAGGUCUCCUAACUCCAACAUAUAAAAAGAAGCGGCCACAAAUGCUCAAGUACUACCAGGUUGGAUGGUCGAUUUGCUUCACUUGGAUUCUGAUUGGACUCCACACAGACGGCAUUAACUACAGCCGUACGAUGAAAAGAGAAAGCGGUCGGGACGGAUCGAUAAGCGGGCGCCGAAGAACCCUUCACGGCUUCCGAAGCUCGACUCCGCCAUGCGUUGCGCUCUUCCCCUUCCCGCCAAACUCUAUCCUCAAAACCAUUCCCACCCUUCCUGCCAGAGAAAUCCCACCGUCGCCGCCUCCGUCACCUCCCCCCCGCCCCGAAUUCCCACCAAACAUCCCUCCCUCGAGCCCCUCAAGCACCGCCUCAUCCGCCUCGCCGAUGCCGGCCGCUUCGACGAUGCCCUCUCCGCCCUCGACCUCAUGUCCGAUCGCGGCGUCCCCGCCGACCUCGUCUCCUACUCCAUCCUCCUCAGGUCCUGCAUCCGCUCCCGGGAUCUCGUCCGCGGCCGCAUCGUCCACCGCCGUCUCCUGGAUUCGGGCCUCCGGCUCGACUCUCUUGUCACCAAUUCCCUCAUCGCUCUCUACUCCAAAUGCGGUGAAUGGGAGGUCGCCUGUUCCAUCUUCGAAGAAAUGGGGAGCAGAAGAGACGUCGUGUCUUGGACCGCGCUGAUCUCAUGCGCGGCGCGGAAUGGGAUGGAAGAGAAAGCGAUUCUGCUGUUCUGCGAAAUGCUCCAUACGGGAAUCAUCCCGAACGAGUACAGCUUCUGCGGCGUGAUUCAGGCCUGCUCGAAGUCAGAGCAUGAUUGGGUUGGAAGAGUGGUUCUCGGGUUCGUGAUAAAGAUGGGAUUUUUCUGGUGGGAUCCGUCGGUUGGAUGCGCUUUGAUAGAUAUGUUCGCGAGGAGGCAAGACCUGUCGUCCGCCCGCAAGGUUUUCGAUGGAAUGCGCGAGAGGAAUACUGUUGUGUGGACUCUCUUGAUAACGAGGUACGGGCAGCACGGGCGCGGAAGGGAUGCGAUCGGUCUGUUCCCGGAUAUGCUUCACGAUGGCUUCGAACCAGAUCGAUUUACCAUAAGCAGCGUCAUCUCCGCGUGCAGCGACUCGGAGUCGCUUGAAUUCGGGCGGCAGAUGCAUUCUCUGGCCAUCAGGUACGGACUGGCUUCCGACGCAUGUGUUGGCUGCAGCCUCAUCGACAUGUACGCGAAAUGCACGUCCGGGAGAUCAACGGAGGAUUCGAGGAAGGUCUUCGACCGGAUGUCCGAGCACAAUGUCAUGUCGUGGACGGCUGUCAUCUCAGGCUACGUGCAGAGCGGCGGGCACGACGAGGCAGCGAUCGAGCUCUUCUGCAAGAUGAUGGAGGGAAGGGUUCGGCCGAAUCAUUUCACCUAUUCCAGCAUCCUCAAGGCCUGUGCAAACCUCUCUGACCUGCAGCUGGGGAAGCAGAUACAUGCGCAGGUCACCAAAUCAAGCCUGGCGUAUGUCAACUUUGUAGGGAACUCUUUGGUCAGCAUGUACGCCCGUGCCGGUAGGAUGGAAGAAGCCCGGAGAGCUUUCAGCUUACUGUACGAGAAGAAUGUGGUCUCCUACAACGCAAUCGUCGAUGGAUAUGCCAAGAACUCAGACUGUGAAGAAGCCCUGGAGCUACUCUAUCAGAUAGAGAGCAUGGAUGUGGGAGCGAGUGCCUUCACGUUCGCGAGUCUCCUGAGCGCGGCGGCGAGCGUUGGGAUGAUGAGCAAAGGCCAGCAAUUGCACGCCCAGAUGCUUAAGGCAGGAUUCGGGUCAGAUGUGGGCGUGGGUAACUCGCUGGUAUCCAUGUACUCGAGGUGCGGCAGCAUCGACGACGCCUGCCGAGCUUUCGGCGAGAUGGGUGACCGCAACGUGAUCUCGUGGACCGCCAUGAUCACCGGUUUCGCCAAACACGGGGAUGCAGCUCGAGCCCUGGGAUUGUUCCACGACAUGGUGGCCACGGGGGCGAAGCCGAACGCGGUGACCUACGUCGCUGUUCUGUCUGCUUGUAGUCAUGCAGGUCUGAUCGAAGAAGGGUGGGAGCACUUCCGCGCCAUGCAAAGGGACCACGGCGUGGCUCCGACGAUGGAACACUAUGCCUGCAUGGUAGACCUGCUGGGGCGAUCGGGCCGAGUGGAAGAAGCUUUCGGCUUCGUGAAGUCAUUGCCGGCCGAAGCUGAUGCCUUGGUCUGGAAGACGUUGUUGGGUGCUUGCAGAGUUCAUGGAGACAUCGGACUGGGAGAAAUCGUUGCCAAGAACAUCUUGGAGUUGGCUCCGGAGGAUCCAGCAGCCUAUGUCUUGCUCUCGAACUUGUAUGCGGAGGCAGGCAGAUGGGAGGAUGUGGCCAUGAUAAGGCGUGGCAUGAAGGAGAGGAGGCUGAGCAAAGAAGCUGGACUGAGCUGGGUGGAGAUGGAGAACAGCAUCCACAAGUUUCAUGUAGGGGAUACCAGUCACCCACAGGCUUGGGAGAUCUACGCCAAGUUGGAUGAACUGUUUGCUGAGAUAAAGGAAAUGGGUUAUGUGCCGAACACCAACUUCGUUCUGCACGACGUAGAGGAAGAGAUUAAAGAACAGUACCUGCUUCAGCACAGCGAGAAGAUUGCAGUUGCCUUCGGCCUCAUCAACACUUCAGCUCCAAAGCCUAUUCGGGUAUUUAAGAAUCUUCGCGUCUGUGGAGAUUGUCACGACGCAAUCAAAUAUAUCUCAAAAGCUACUGGCAGAGAAGUGAUUUUGAGGGAUUCUAACCGGUUCCAUCAUAUUUGUAAUGGGGAAUGUUCCUGUGGUGACUACUGGUGAGAUCAUGCGGUUCUUUGGUUGAUAUGUUGUCUCCGUGUAUAAUUUUUUUUGUACUGGAGUGAUUUAUGUAAUUAUUUUAUUAAUAAAGUGCCAGCUUAAUUUUUUUUCAA